AUGUAUAUACACGAGUAUUUUAGUAUUGCCAGAUUUCUAAACGAAUGUAACGAAGAACCGUUUCGGUUCAAAGUGGAUAUAUAUCUUAAAAGUCUCGUGAAUAUUAUCAAUAGUGAUCAAGGGAAGAAACGUGAAAAGGCACAAGCUCUAUUUGACAAGUAUAAAAUGGCAUCUUCUUCACCAUUCAGGUCUUUUAAUCGAGCCACAAGACCAGUGUUAGGGCACAGGCAACCUUUUAGCUUGGCUAUUGUUAAAAGUCUUUUAGUCGAUCUAGCAUUGGUCCCAUUUGAGCACAGGCAACCUUUUAGCUUGGCUGAUGAACCUAAACCUGAUCACGAAUUAGCAAUGAAUGGUCUGAUAAAUGUUGCAUAUGUAACUGGCGGAACAGUUGGAGCUGUAAGCGGAACUGGGAAUAUCAGCGGAGGGACUUUUGGUGUUGAAUUAUUCGCAUCAAAAAAAGAGAUCAAGAGAAAACAAGCAAGAAUAGACAGUGAGAAUCUUCAACCCAUCUAUAACAUUCAAAUCCCUCCUCCACGUGUUGUCACUUCUCCUCAUCCACCACGAACACCUGAACACCAAAUAUUUUCUUCGAGUUCCAUGGUUUCUCCAAUCACAAGAAAUGAAAGUGACGAAGAAACUGAUAAUGAUUUUGAUUUUGAUGCAGAUAAUCGAGACGAUUCGAUUACCUUUGAUGAAAGAGGUGAAGAUAAUUCUUAUAUGUUUCGAGAGAUUAAUAUCUCCGCACUAUUUUCUUCGUACCGUGUAAAUGAGUUUAUCCCACAUUCUGCUAUUGCAGGCCGACAACUUCUCAGACCUUCAAUUCAAGAGUUUUCCCGGGAUACCUUGGAAUUAUUACAGAAAAAUAUGCGUAAUUCCUAUGCAGUGAAGACAAAAGUUCUACCAAAUAUUGCACUUGAUGAGGACCUCAGUUUGGAAGAUGCUGAAAAGGCUAUAGAAGGAUCGUUUGCAAAAUCUUUCCAAGAUACCACUGAUCAGAAGAAGUUUGAAAUCAUGCGAUUUAUUUUUUUACAGCUUGUUAGAAAUAUUCCCAUCAAUCCACUAAAUGACCAUCUUAGUGAAGGCACUUUGACUGUUAACAUAAUAAGUCUGAUAUUGCGUUCUUUCUUUCACAAUGCCACAAUACAUCCAAGUAUAUGGCCAAACACAGCUAGUAUGAGUGCGAAGGUCUGCAAGCUUGCCAAUUUUGACUCUUCACGCGCAAAACAACUGGACAUGAUCAGCAAUAUAGUAAAUAAUAACAAAUCUAGCUACGAGAUGAUGUUCAGGAAGAUAACUGGAGAAGGCAAAAACAAUAAAGCCAAGAAGAACAAUUUGGAUCUCAUCAAAUUAGGCGUCUUCAUGAAAGAUGCUCUCGAUAUACUGGUUAAGAAGAUAGGAAAAGACCGGAUUGUUUUUUCAUGGCAAAGCAUUGUAACAUCAUGGACUGGCUAUAUUAUGGUUUUGGUUACUCCUGGACUUUAUAUAAUGAUCAAUUUCAUCAAUGGUAUUGAUAAUUUGUUUACAUUUGCGAAAAAAUAUAAGUGUGAAGUCAAGAGGACUCGCGAUGAUAUUAAUCGAAUGAAGGAACAAAAGAAAGAUGAUAGUUCUAUAGGAGCCAUCAAAUGGUGUCAAGCUACGUUAGGAACAUCACGAUUCAAGAAACUAGUGAAAAGAACAUAA